AUGGCUAUCGUUGACGGACUACUCCAAGGGUACAAUUUCUUCCUCACCUUGUCCACUUUCCAGCAGCUUUCCAUCCUCAUUGCUGCUCCGUUUGUGUACAAUAUCGUAUGGCAGUUGCUCUACUCGUUGAGGAAAGACCGUGUGCCGCUUGUGUUUUACUGGAUCCCCUGGUUUGGCCUGGCGGUCGGGUAUGGACAACAGCCGUAUGAGUUUUUUGAAAACUGCCGCAAGAAACAUGGCGAUGUGUUUGCUUUUAUGUUGUUGGGGCGGGUCAUGACCGUCUAUUUAGGCCCCAAGGGCCACGAGUUUAUCCUCAAUGCCAAGUUGUCUGAUGUUUCCGCGGAGGAAGCGUACCAGCAUUUGACGACCCCCGUGUUUGGCAAGGGCGUCAUAUACGACUGCCCUAACGCACGGUUGAUGGAGCAGAAAAAGUUUGCAAAGUUUGCCUUAACCACGGACUCGUUUAGGAGGUAUGUCCCGCUCAUCAGGGAGGAGGUGUUGAGCUACUUUGUCAAGUCGCCAAUGUUUAAUUUGUCAAAGCAGAGUUCAGGCGUGGCCAAUGUCAUGCAGACACAGCCGGAGAUUACCAUAUUCACUGCGUCGAGAUCGCUCAUGGGCGCAGCGAUGCGCAACCGCUUCGACGAGUCCUUUGCUCAGCUUUAUUCGGACUUGGACAAGGGCUUUACCCCGGUGAACUUUGUCUUUCCCAACUUGCCAUUGCCGCAUUAUUGGAAGCGAGACGCGGCGCAGCAGAAAAUAUCCCAAACGUACAUGAAGGAGAUCACCAAGAGACGUGAAGCUGGAGUCGACGCCAACGACGACUUGAUCAGCUCGUUGAUGGUCAACUCCACGUACAAGGACGGCGUCAAGAUGAGCGACCAGGAGAUUGCCAACUUGUUGAUUGGGGUGCUCAUGGGCGGCCAGCACACGAGCUCCUCCACGUCGGCCUGGUUCUUGUUGCACUUGGGAGAGAAGCCGGAGUUGCAGGAGCAACUAUACGACGAGAUUCAGUCCGUGUUGAAGCCAAAAGGCGGCCGCCUCGACGACUUGACUUACGAGGACUUGCAAGGGAUGUCCUUGGUCAACAACACCAUCAAGGAAACGUUGAGGAUGCACAUGCCUCUACACUCCAUCUUUCGCAAAGUCAUGUCGCCGCUUGUGGUUCCAGGGACCACCUUUGUAGUUCCCAGGGGACACCACGUGUUGGUCUCGCCAGGGUACGCGCAUACCAACGAAAAGUACUACCACAACGCGGCAGUGUUUGACCCGCAUCGCUGGGACGACUCCAACUUGGCCAGCAAGGACUCAGACGAGGUUGACUACGGGUUUGGCAAGGUCUCCAAAGGCGUGGGCUCGUCGUAUUUGCCAUUUGGUGGAGGAAGACACAGGUGCAUUGGCGAGCAGUUUGCCUAUGUGCAACUAGGCACUCUCUUGACCACGUUUGUGUACAACUUGCAGUGGGAACUAAAGGGCAAAACUGUGCCUGAAGUGGACUACACCUCGAUGGUCACCUUGCCUCAAGAGCCUGCGGAGAUUGUUUGGAGAAAGAGACCCACCUGUAUAUGA